AGGACUUAUGAAAACCUCAUCCCAAUUGGAUUUUUAUCACGAGUUAGAGGUUGAGGUUGAGGUUGAGAUUACCCCAAAACAAUGGCGGGUCAUAUAAAAUAUCUUCCUCCGCCCCCUUCCCCGCCCCUCUCUUUCGCUCCGCUGUCAACCGAAAUGGCGUUGCUCUCCCCCUUCAAUAACCUCCUCCACCUCACUACUGCCAGAGACCCUCCUCUCUCCUCAUUCUUCUACUCUCUUCCGGUUAAUCUCUCUCUACCCUCUAUUAGUUCCAGAUUGUACUGUACUCCCCCGUUAUCCUUCAAAACAAAUUCGACAAGUAAUGUUUCUCAGAACCAAGUAAAAUCGGAGGCUCUUGAAGAUGAUGCAUGUGAACUAGUGAGUGGAGUUGAGCUUCUUUUAGGGGAAGGUACAAAUAGUUUUAGUGCUUAUUUGUUGAAAGCUGUGAAAAACAACAAUGGCAUGGGGGUGCUCCUUUUGACUGAUGUUUUUGGGUUUGAAGAUUCAUCAACACGAGAUUUUGCAUAUCGUGUCUCCUGCAGUGGAUACAAUGUCUUAGUCCCUGAUUUGUUUAGAGGGGAUCCAUGGUCUAAAGAUAGACCGAAAGAAGAGUUUGAGAUAUGGAGAGUCACACACUCCCUUGACAGGGUUGCCAUGGAUAUCACAACCUCGACAAAAUGGAUGAUGGAUGAAUUCUCAGCAGCGGGGAUCUCUGAGAAGUUGGGUAUCAUUGGGUUUUGUUUUGGUGGAGGUCGCCUUCUUGAGACUCUUGCAAGAGAUGAAAAUGGCUACUUUAGCACAGCUAUAUGCUUCUAUGGAACUAGACUUGAUCCAUCUCUCGCCUAUAACAUAAAGAUACCUGUUUUCUUUGUGGUUGGGGAGAAGGAUACACUUUGUCCAGUUGAGACUUUACGCGAAAUGGAGAAGAGAAUUAAUGGAUCGAGGGUGGUGGCCUAUUCUGGACGGGGACAUGCGUUUGCGCAUCGACCUGCUUCGCCAGAAGAAGAUGAAGAUGCGGAGGAUGCAUUUGUGAUUAUGAGAAAUUGGCUACAUGAAGGCUUGGUGUUGAAAAGAAACUGAGUUGUUUGUAAUCAUACGACAAUUCCUCAGAGGGUUGGAUUCUCAUCUCCUCUUAAAUACUCUACUUAUAUGUACUUUGUUAUUGAAGUUGUUGCUGAUAAAAGUCUGCUUGUAUAUGUAUUCCCAUGACCAUGUAGAAAAUGUUGCUUUUCUUCAAGUGAACUUUUUUCGUUUUGCUCAGC